AUGAACAAGCGGGCUAUCAAGCUCCGGCGGUCGACACAUGUGCACCCCGGUGAUGACCGAGAUGUUUCCGAAGUUUACCAAGCGAUAGUUACAGGCCUCCAUCAGACCAACGAGGAAGGCGUAGCCUGGCGACCAAGAACCAAAGCAUUUGCCAUUUUCAUCACAUAUGUCUGCACAGAAAGCCCGCCGGUCUGCGACGAUGACCAGAUCCAUGGUUUCUCCGUCUGUCACUCCUGCGAGGGUCUCAUCAUCGAUCGCAAGGAAGAACUGGGGCAGUUCAUCCUGGCCCGAUUUAACAUACUGGUCGGAUUCGAAGUACGCCAUCAGGCCCGGAAUAUCGGGCGUCCGGAUGAGGUUGGCGACGUCAAUAAACUGCAUUGUAUCCUCGACCUCGCUGAAAAGCUUCUGGCGGACUUGCCGGAAUUGCGUUUCCGUCAUUUGAGAGAGGACGAAGCAGCAAUAGUCGUUCUGGGCGGUAGAGAAAUUGAAAUGGUCUGGGCAGGGCACAACUUCGAAUGGAAUUUUCCUCGCCCGCAGAGGGCCGUCGAAGAGCGUCGUGUUAACCCUGGCGUUGUUGAGCCGAGUGCCGCGCCUACCGUGCUCGAAAGGGUUCCAGAUGGCAUGCCAGAAACCCAGAGCAUCUCCUAUGUCGCGCAGAGUGUAUCCCAAAGCCAGAGCCAGAACAGCUCUGUUCAUCGGUACCCGCGCAGCCUCUCCACCCUCAUGUUCACCCCUGAGGACAAUGGCGGUGCCAUCCGUGACGGACUGUCUGUCUACAAAUAUCAACGAAAGCCAGUGGCUAGUCGCCCUAUAGAUCUGGAAUAUGGUGGAUGGUAUCGACGCUGGCGAAGGCUCAGAGUCAGAGAGCCAGGGCACUUCGGUGAGGCGUCGCACCAGCCUAUGACGAUCAAGAGCUGGUUGGUCCUCCACCCAUGUCUUGUCAACAGAGCACAGCUCGUCGAGUAUCUCCCGUCUCUGGCUCUCUUCCAGCCAACAGAGGAAGACGACGUUUAA